AGGAGCUUCCAUCACAAUCUUUGCAUUGUCAAAGUUGCACUGUCAGCUGUUACCCUGAAACUUUGUUUUCCUGUUUCCUUAUCCGGAACUGAUGGUUGUUCGGUUUAAUUUUUAAAUUAGAUCUCCGAAGAGUUUACCAUUUCAGUUUUUGUGGAUAAUAUAAAGCUUAGAGUGUACUUUUGCAACAAAGGUUUAUAAAGGCUAAUCCUCUUUAUAGGCAUGAAAGGAUGAGGUUAAUUUUGUAACCAAACCGUUCAGGCUUGCCCUUGGGAGAAGGGAUAGGUAGGAUGGGAAACUAUCAGGUCAGUCCCACUAGUGGGUUCCCAUCACCUCUGCAUCCUCCCAUCUCCCAGCAAGUGCUUUCGAUCUGGGAUGUGAAGUGUUGGGUCAGUGUUGUAUCUCUUUUUCUACCGCUUUUGUAGGCGCAAAUUAAACCAUGGUAAGGUUAUAUGAGUACUGUAAUAUUUUUUUCAAGCUUGCUAAGACAAAUCACAGGCCAGUCACAAAAUAAAAUCACAAAUCACAAAGUAGAAAGAGCUCUUGAGAGCUAGGAAACCAUUUUCUAAAUCUGACGUCCUGUUACGCUUCUCUUGCCCCUAGCUAAGUCAUGUACGUUUUCCUGUGUGUGUAUAUAUGUGAGAAAUGGGAUCAGUGUAAACCAGAAGAAAACACUGCAAGACCUGGAAGUUCUGAAAGUGAUGGCAAGCAAAUCAGAAGCUGAAAUCCAGCCUUUCUCAAAGAAAGGUUGAUAAAAACAGAUUUCCUCCUUACUGCGUUUUCAUGUUGCAAGACUUGAGUUGUUUGGAGUUAGCAAAGGACCCUGACAUAUUCUGAUAGGAGAUGAGCCAAGAGCUGAACAAGUUUUUGAGGGAGAAGGUGGAGAUGUGCUAACACGGUCUUUUAAAAGUGAGUCUUUAUUUUUGAAAACUGCUGUACUGUAUCAGUCAGGGAACUCAUUUGCAUUGCAGUCACUGCUUAGCUUUGUGUUUUAAAGGAAACUUAUUUCUAAUUUCCUUUUUUAUUACUGCUUGUGGUUAUUGCAACAUGUCAUUUGGAGAAUGAUCUGGGCCCUCUGCUGGGAAAUGCAUGGCCCUGGUAAGAUAUAUCCUGCAAGAGCAGCUAUGAAAUUUUGGGUGAUGUGUGAACCCAAUAAAGGUCCCAGAAUUGACUUCUAGACCACAGGGUUGGUCUGCAUGUGUGACAACUUAAAACAACAGUGAAGUAUUAAUCACUGAUAAACAAAAUAAAUUUGUUCUGGAGAGGAGAUAAACCUAGAAUUCUGUUUUCCCUGUUUGUCAGGGAAGUCUGUUCCUUUCCUCAUCCUCUAGCAAGAGAGAGAGGUCAAAGUCACAUCCACCAGAUACCAUUGCGCAGUCUGUGUCCUGCAGUUAAAAGGACAGGUUAGCUCUUUGCCAGCGCUUGCACAGAUGCCUUUGUGCUCUCAAAGAGCACUCUUGUUUCCUUCAAUAGUCCAAAAGGUUUGAGUGCCUUUUAUCCUCCCACCUCUUCCCCAAAAAUGUCCUUUGCUAUGACAAGCCUUCAGUAAUUGCCAGGUGAAAUAACAGAUUGGAACAAGAAAUAAUUCCUCGGGAGGAAGAGGAACUAGAAGAAAGUACAUGACGUUCAGAACUGAACUGUUACCUGAAUUGUUAAACUCAUACUGAGGGUGUCAUAUCUCGGAGGAUAUCCACGUCCAUACAAAUUAACCUUUCGGUGAUUCAUCAAUAUGUGGAUUAUUUGGUAAGCGAGCAGAACGUGAAGAGCAUUUUUGGUAAGUCUUGUUUGGCAGGAACUGUAUUAUGCCCUGGGUAACAGUCCUGUGAUAUCUUGCCUGAUAAGAUCUGUAAUGGGAAAGUCUGUUGAUGUGGGAUCAUAAUAGAUGUUUGUAUUUAUUAGAGAGAGCGUAAGCAACAUUUCAGGGAUCUGCUUUUGCCCACACCUCAUUAGUAUGCAGAAUAAAAUACAAGUGUUGCCUUCAUACAGAGACGUUCCCAGAGACAGACAGAUAAUGCCGGGUUGGCAGCACUUGAAUGAUUCUCCCCUUUGCCUGAGCAAGAUGCAAUCAUCCGAUAGAAACACAUCAGCUCAGGAACCUAGAGUAUCCAGUGGACUCAUCAACCCCCAUUGGGCUUCUCGGAGAGAAACGGGGUGCUCUGGGUGAUACCUCGGUGCUCACUGCUCCCAUCUGUCUGUUCUGCCUCUGCCUUCAGAGCUUUUGCGAUGGCAGAAAGCUUCUGCUUGGAUAGAAAAUAUAGCAUCUGCUAAACCACCUCGGUUCACAGCCUGGCAUGUUUUAGUACGCUGAAGUCUGCUAAGAUUUCGGAUCAAAAUUUCAGUCAAAAGAGUGGCAAGAGGAAAAACAGAGUGUGGCAGUGAUUUCAGCUAUGUCAGCUUAAUCUGUGACUGCUUGUGACUGAACACACGUUUCGUUAUUUUCUAGGGGUGCUUUAGCCUAGGACAAGUGGCUCUAUUCAUGACAGAGACUGCACAUUUCAUCUCAGGCUUUCUCCUUGGAGUGGAGGAGAGACUAUUAUUCAAGUAGUCAUGCUACCUAGCUAGCCGAGUGUCCCUUCGUGCCCAUGUCACAGUCUAACUCGCAGAAUUGGAGGGAAGGAGGUAGUGUCUGGUGGAGGAGGAGAUAUGAGGGUGCAGAGUUCCAGUUUUGGCAGCUGAUUCCACCUUCUUCCUCCCACAGCUGCUGAUGCUGAAACACCUGGGCCUCAGGCACAAGCAUUUAGGGCUGAUAACACUGUAAGCCCCAUGUAGACGCUGAUGCAGAACACUGUUACCUUAACAUGAAUUGAGGGGAAAAAUAUUUCUGUUUAGUGUCAUAAAAAUACCAGUAACUGUCUUCAGUAAAACCAAUGCCUGUAGGGCAGGCCUCAGCAAGCGUGUUGUGUUGUGUUGAAACAGUGAAUGGCACGACAGGAGAAGGCCUGGCCCUUAGUGUCCAGGAGAGGAAGCAGCUGGCAGAAGAGUGGGUGCACCAAGGAAAAGACAAAUUGGAUCAUGUGAUCAUUCACGUGGGAGCGCUAAGUCUACUGGAGUCCCAAGAGCUGGCAAGACAUGCAGCAGCCAUAGGCGCUAGUGGUAUUGCUGUAAUAGCCCCCUUCUUCUUCAAGCCCACGAACAAAGAUGAGCUGGUUGCUUUCUUACGGGAAGUUGCAUCUGAAGCCCCUGCUGUUCCAUUUUAUUACUACCACAUUCCUCCUCUGACGGGUGUAAAGAUUCGUGUUGAAGAGUUGAUGGAUGGGAUAAAAGAGCAGAUCCCCACCUUCCAGGGCGUGAAGUUCAGCGACACAGACCUCUUGGACCUUGCACAGUGUAUAAACAAGAAUGACAGAGAAGAGUUUGUAUUUCUUUAUGGGGUGGAUGAGCAACUGCUGAGUGCACUGGCAGUAGGGGCAAAUGGAGCAGUUGGAAGUACAUACAACUACUUGGGCCAAAAAACCAAUACGAUGUUGCAAGCUUUUGCACAGCAGGACCUUGCAUUAGCACGGAAGUAUCAGUUUCGGACUGGUGAAUUUCUUAACUUUGUCAUCAAACUAGGUUUUGGUGUUGCUCAGACGAAAGCUGUGAUGACUUUUGUUUCUGGCAUUCCCAUGGGACCUCCACGGCUUCCCCUUGUUAAGGCCUCGGAGGAGUUCAUCGCCAAGGCCAAAGCCAAGCUGGAUAGCAUUGUCUGGCCUACCAACUGAUUUCACUUCCGUAUGGACCGUCCACGUGGAUAGGGAAUCCCUUUUCUGGGUUUCACUAUCACUUGGCACGCUCCCCAUGUGACAGGCUGAUUUGGCUGUGACUCCUUUCAGGGAAUUUGCAGGCUGCCUGAGCCCCUUCCUGUUAGAGCUGGCCUUGCUGGCACACAUCUAGCCUUCUUUUCAUUUAACCUUACCCAGCUCCCCGGGAUUCUUGCACAUCCCAGAAUAAUGAGCUGCUGUCUUUCAAAGAAGCCAAUUUUCACCAGUAGAACGGUCCUGGCUCCUUUUGUGUAGAAAGCGAGAUCGAUCUCUACACUCCGCUGCUCCCUCCAGCUGGAUCCUGCUUUGUCCUCCCGCUUCACCAGCAUGUCCAGUGCUGCAGUACGUUUUUAUAUGCUGGUUGACACCGUUUGGAUGCUCAGACUGAUAAUUUACUGUUUGUCAUGACGUCCUGGCCCAUUAUCAUGGGCUCAUUGUCGUGACGUCCUAGCCCGCUAUCCUUACUUAUUAGUAGGGAAUCUGUUGGGGCACUGUCUAUUUGUGUAAAAUCCUGUUUUUAUCCUUUCUGAUUAUCUUUGCUCACCUUCACUUAAUGCAAAAUUUAAGAAGCUUUUGUAAUUAAGAACUUUUGGCUUACUAAUGAAUGGGUAUUUCUCCAUCUUUCUCCUUGCAGCAAAACUGAAGCUGGAAUUGAAUUGUAAGUCUCUAUGCAAAUGCAAUGCAAAAUAUACUGUAUUACGUUAUUGGGUGGUCAUCUGUGGUGAGAUUAAGAGGUCCUGUUUUGCACCCCGGACCUGUCUCUCUCCCCUCGCCUUAUCCUUUCUCUUCUGAGAGUAUUUGUAUUUUGCAAAUGUAAGAUCCCGUGCCUCCUGCUGCUAGGGCUGUAGGUUCUGACAACAUUCUUGCAUGCAGAAAUGAUUGCACAGUGUACAAGGAUAUUUGGAAGGAGAAGAAAAGAGAUAGGGCGAUGUGGAGAUCUAGUUCUAAACUUUUCAUGACCCACUGUGUGAAAUAUCCUACUAAUUUACUUUGUAAUUACUUAACACAAAAUAUGGACUAGUACAGGUUUCCCCAACCCCCUCCGAAUUUGUAAGAAAUUUAGGGAAGCUUUCCUCACUCCUCGGACAUGGGAAGAGAGCUAAAUCAGGCUGUGGGUGCUGCAUAUCUUUGGUAGUUCACUGUGUAACUGUUACUCAGGCAAAAGUAGAUGGGGCCUGCAAGGCAGAAGCAUAGGAAAAAACACAACCAUGAACAUGAAACAAGAACUGACUGUUAGGCUCUUUCUUUUCUAAUAGAAACUAAAUAUUUUUAUUGCGAUUCCAGUGCUGCAACCUACUGAUUAUUUUAGUACAUGGCACAUAGAGGUAAACGGCACCUAGAUAAGGCAUCUUUAAAUGAUUGUUUUCUAACAGAUCCAAGUUAUUUUGGUUCAAAAAUUUUUAUACUUGUGUCUAUCAAAUCUUGAAACCGUUUCGUUAUGUUUUGACUCACUUCAGUAUUCAGUAUUGAUUAUAAACCAUUAUUUUAAAUA